GCAUAAGCAUAUCAUGCCUCAUUUUGCAUUCAUAGUUUCUAGUAUGUGUCUUAUCAUGUGUCUUUAUCUACAAAAGGUCAAUCCAUCAGUCGACUCGCAUCUACAACACUCGAGCAAAUCAAAAUGGAUCAUCUUGAACAAGAGAACCACAAGCUUCGUGAAGAGGUGACAACCCUCCGGGCCGAGAAUGAGAUUUUGAGGAACUUAGUAUCUUUGAUGACGGUUGCACAGAGACAGCCAUUAUCUCAUCCUAUUGUCAGCACUCAGACUCAGACAGUUGCUUCCACUACCCCGAUUUCAACGGUGUUUGCUAGUACUCCUCAACAUGCUAUGCUGGAAGGUUAUCUUUGGAGUACACCCUUUGAUUCUGGUGAAGUAUUCCGUCCCGAUGUCUCUAAGGUUCAAGCUCCUUUUGUGCAACUAACAACGCCUAUCCCUCAACCGGGUCCUUUGUUCCCUCAAUCUGCUAUGAUUUGUACCACUCAACAGGGCCGUAAACCAAUCUAUCAUUCAGGAAAGGCGGUUGCAUACGACCGGACAGCUGAAUUGGAAGAAAGGUUUGACAAAAUACAAUUGGAAUUGAAAACUCUUCGUGGGAAAGAACUGUUUGGGAAAAAUGCUUAUGAUCUUUGCUUGGUUCCCAAUGUCGUGAUGCCACCCAAGUUCAAAGUCCCUAAUUUUGAGAAGUACAAAGGAAACACUUGUCCUAAGCUUCAUUUGGUAAUGUACCUGAGAAAGAUGUCUGCUCAAGUAGGUAAUGAUGAGCUCCUUAUCCACUGUUUCCAAGAUAGUUUGACUGGUGCCGCACUAAUAUGGUAUAUGGGCCUACACAAGGUUGAUAUCAAAACUUUCAAUGAUUUGUGUGAGGCUUUCGUCCAUCGAUAUAACUACAACUUGCAUUUGGCCCCAAACAGAAAGGAACUGCAGGCCAUGACCAUGAAUGAUAAUGAAUCUUUCAAAGCUUAUGCCCAACGGUGGAGAGACGUCGCUGCACAGGUCCGUCCACCUCUAGAAGAGAAAGAAUUUACCGAGAUUUUCCUGGAGACUCUGGAUCAGUUCUAUUAUGAGCAUAUGCUUACAAGUGCAUCCGGCAGCUUCGUAAAUAUGAUGACUGUGGGCAUGCGUAUUGAAGAAUGGGUCCGAAAAGGACAAUUGGUCAAAGAAAGUGCUCCCACGGAUGAUUUUGAGUACGAAGAUCAGGAAAUGAGUGUGGUAGAAAGUCAGCCUCAACAACAGUAUCUGGCUUAUCACCCUGCUGCCGCUAUUAUGCCUAUCAUAAAUCUUGUUCAAAACUCGGGUUAUCAACCUCAGUUUCAACCAUAUCAACAACAGUAUCAACAACAACCUCGACAACAGGCUCCAAGAACUCAAAUUGAUCCUAUUCCUAUGAGGUAUGCAAAGUUGUUUCCAAGGUUGCUUGAAAGGAAUUUGAUCCAUACCAAGGCACCUCUCUCGGUGCCAGCAAUUUUGCCAGUAGGAUAUAGGGCUGACCUCUUUUGUGCCUUCCAUCAAGGGGCACCUGGUCACGAUAUUGAAGAAUGUUUUGCAUUUCAGAAGAUAGUUCAGAAAUUGAUUCGAAAAAACCUCAUACCUCUCGAAGAGUUUGAAUUUAAGUGUGUCAGUUAAUCCGAUAUCGGAUUUUGGUAUCUAAGGUUGACACAUGAAAUGUUUUAGCUGCAUUUGGGUCGCUGCUGAUGUUUUAUUUCUACUACUCUUCUGUUCAAUUAAUAUGUUUGUUUGUUGCUUUAUGUUUUUUAUAUAAAAAAAAAAUCCUUUCGUCCCACCCGAGGCGAGAGUGAAUUUGUUUAGGGCUUUUUGCUUUAUAUAUUUUCAUCAUUAAUGAAAGGUCGUCUCGAUCCCGACUUUGUUUCUAUUUUGUACUUUUUCUGGAAAAAUGGUAAUACAAAAAAAAAAAAAAAUCAUUUUCUUUAAUCAUUUCCACAUAUCUGCAUAAUCAUAAUGUUUAUAUCAAUAAUCAAAUCAUGCAUUAAUAAACCCGUUGAACACUUAAACCCUGUACUCUCUCUCGACUUUGAGUUCCUUGUAUCCGAGGCUAAAGAAGAGGAUGAUGAAGAAGUUUCCACUGAGAUUUCUCGCCUACUAGGGCAUCUUGGCUGUCGUAGCUGCAAAUAUAAAGAAAGAAUGUCCGGGAGAGGACUUUCAUGUACAAAGAUUGGCAAGAGAUACUACCAUCUGCCUUGUAGGGAUAUUGUACUUCAUGCACACUUCAGCAGGGGCAGCCCCCCCGCCAUCCCUUAGUAUUCAAUGUAAAGGCACUGUGCCACAUGGAGGUCAGAGUCUUAUCAACGGAAGUUCCAAUGAAAGCUAAGCUUGAUUGAACUUAAAAGUAUUAUUGCCGGGUGCCAUGGACAGUCAUAUCAAAAGGAUAAAGCAAAUAUUCGACAAAGAAGGCUUGUCCCCGUGAAUAUCAAGAAAGUGGCUUUGUGCUUAAAAAUAUGUUACCCAAUUCUAUAGGCAAAUGGAUGCCAAAUUACAAAAAAUGGUGGUAAACUUGUAUGUCCUGUAGAUACCGAUGCAGUCAAGAAAUACUUUGUUAGAAUGAAAAAGCUCGAUAAGUCGCAAACCUGAAAAGGCGGCUUAGGCAAAAAA